CUCUGGCGGCCCGGAGGGCUGUGUGGCGGGGGGCUCCCCGCAGCGGGACCGGCCCGCACCGCCGUGAGCCCCGCCGGAGCCCCGGAGCUUCUCUCUGGGAAGAGAUAAGCCAAACACACCGGUUUGGGACCCAAACAUCUCUCAAGCUGAGCUGAACGCGCGCAGCGGGGCUCCCGCUCCGUAUGGAUGGCACCAGCCCCCUGUUCUCCCCUUCCCCACCUCCAGGGCAGCGCUCGGGGCUGCCGGGUUGAACCCUAUGGGUGCCCUCGCUUAUGUUUUGCCCCUUUGCUUCUACAGGUGCUGAAGGAGCAGCGGUAGAGGGACCGCAACCCCCCGCCCCGCAGCCGGUGCCGGGCUCAGCCACCGGAGGGCGCCGGGAGCCGGGACGGAGCGCGCCCCCGCCGCCGGUCAUGUGCUCAGCCACGAUGGCGGCGCUCAGGGCAGCGGUGCUGGCGGUGCUGGGGCUGCGCCUGGGCUGCGCGGCCGCCGCCGUCCCCCUCGUUAUCUGGCACGGCAUGGGAGACACUUGCUGCAAUCCUGUGAGCAUGGGCUACAUAAAAAAAAUAGUGGAGAGUAGAAUACCGGGGAUUUAUGUUCUGUCGCUCAAGAUUGGAAACAACCUGAUACAGGAUAUGGAGAACAGCUUCUUUAUGAAUGCAAACGACCAGGUGAGAGAGGUGUGCAGCCAGCUGGCAAAGGACCCUCACCUGAAAGGAGGCUACAAUUCAAUGGGCUUCUCCCAAGGAGGCCAAUUCCUGCGGGCGGUGGCCCAGAGGUGUCCUUCUCCUCCCAUGCUCAAUCUGAUCUCCAUUGGGGGCCAGCACCAAGGGCAAUACCUUCAGCUCAACAACACCCUCCAUUAUCUGUGCGUGUACGGCUUUCCACGCUGUCCUGGUGAGAGCUCCCAUAUCUGUGACUGGAUCCGAAAGAUGCUGGAUCUGGGCGCCUACACACAAGCUGUUCAGGAGCACUUGGUGCAAGCAGAGUAUUGGCAUGAUCCGCUGAAGGAGGACGACUACAGGAAAAACAGCAUCUUUUUGGCUGACAUAAACCAGGAGAGGGGCAUCAAUGAGACGUACAAGAAAAACCUGAUGGCUCUGAAGAAGUUUGUGAUGGUGAAGUUUCUCAAUGAUACCAUGGUCGACCCCCCGAUCUCCGAGUGGUUUGGGUUUUACAAAAGCGGCCAAGCCAAGGAGACCAUCCCACUGAAGGAGACCUCGCUGUACACAGAGGAUCGCCUGGGGCUGCAGGAGAUGGACAAAGCAGGAAAGCUGGUGUUCCUGGGGGUGAACGGGGAUCACCUCCACUUCUCCGAAGAGUGGUUCUACACCUCCAUCCUCCCCUUCCUGCAGUGAAGCGAAGGGGAGUGCCCUGGGAGAGCACUGGGGGGGUUCCACCACUGUAGUUAAAGCAGCUGCUAUGGGGUAAUGGCACUUUCUGUGUAGAGCCUGCAGGGAUCUGGGGAAGGGGAGGAAGAGGAGCCUUAGCUCAGCAGCUCCACAGGGCAUGGAGGUGACACCUCUUCCUAAGAGACCAGGAUUUCUCUGGAUGGAAUUGCACUCCAUCCUGGGGGACUGAGCCUUGCCCUGGCUCUGAAGUGCUCUGUCCUGCGUGGGCCUGGGUAAAUCUGCUCCAGAGGUUUCUUUUCCCCUUGCCUGUUCCUCGCAGGACACAAGGGCAGUAUUAACUGAAAGCACUAGUGCAAGAACUGAGCACCUCAGCAGGAUCAGCAGGUAGAGCCAUGGCUGUUUGCAGAGGAAAGACAUUAGAGCCCAUCCUUCAGGACUGGUGGGGGGGAAAGGGGCAAGUUUAGGUGUUUCUGGGGAAAAAGGAGGGGCUUGAAUGAAGCGGGUAUUAACAGCUUGAAGUUUUCAGCUAAUGGCUUGUUUUAUGCACUUUUGUACAGCAAUCGAAACCAAUAAAAACUUUCUAUUAACCAACUAAAACCA